AUGGCUUCCAUGGCUACUCACUUCAGCAACCAGAACAGCGGGAUCAUCUUCAGUAGUGUUGAAACCAACGUCGGGAAUUUUUUUGAUGUCAUGACUGGGAGGUUUGGUGCUCCAGUGAAUGGGGUGUACUUCUUCGCCUUCAAUAUGAUGAAACAUGAAGAUGUGGAGGAAGUGUACGUGUACCUGAUGCAUAAUGGUAAUACAGUUUUCAGCUUAUAUAGUUAUGAAUCAAAAGGGAAAGCAGACACUUCAGGAAACAGUGCAGUUCUAAAACUUGCCAAGGGGGAUGAAGUUUGGCUGCGAAUGGGAAAUGGAGCCCUCCAUGGGGACCAUCAACGUUUUUCCACCUUUGCUGGGUUUCUUCUUUUUGAAACCAAAUGA